AUGAAGACCACCGGAUCUAUCCUCGCCGUCGCCGGCCUUGUCUCCAUGGCCAACGCCCACGGUUUCGUCACCAGCCCCAAGCCCCGUAUGCCCGGCGAUGCCAUGGCCUCUGCUUGCGGUCAGCAGGUCAAGUCCAACCAGGAGUCCGACAACUACGGUAACAUCCAGGGUGAGCUCCAGGUCGCCUCGGGCCAGGACGACUACAACGCCGCCAAGUGUGACAUCUGGCUCUGCAAGGGUUACAAGCUUGCCGACAACAAGGACAACAUCCAGUCCUACAAGGCCGGUGAGAAGAUCAACUUCGAGGUUGACAUCCGUGCCCCUCACACCGGUGUUGCCAACGUCUCCGUCGUCGACACUGCCUCCAACUCUGUCAUUGGCAGCCCCCUGAUCUCCUGGGACGUAUACGCCUCCACCUCCACCGGUGUCAAGGACGACGAGACCAGCUUCAGCGUCACCAUGCCCGAUGACCUCGGCAGCAAGUGUAACACCGCCGGUGACUGUGUUCUCCAGUGGUACUGGUACGCCGAGUCCAUCGACCAGACCUACCAGUCUUGCGUUGAUUUCACCCUCUCUGGCUCCGGCUCCGGCUCCGGCUCCUCCGGCUCCAGCUCCAGCUCCAGCUCUGCUGCCGGUGCCGUCUCUACCACCGCCCCCGUUGCCAUCACCACCACCCCCAGCACUGGCAACCAGGUUGUCUCCAGCUCUGCCCCUACCACCCUGGCCACCAGCGUGAAGCAGUCUGCUACCACCGAGGCCGCUGCCGCCGCCACCACUGAGGCUGCUGCCUCUGCCUCCACCUCCAUCCCCAAGGACGGUACCGCCGAGGAGAAGCUGAACUACCUGGCCAGCAUCUUCAAGGCUCUCCUCAACUACGCCAACUAG